AUACGCUAUUUUAAAAACAAAGCCUUUGCAAUACUUGGUGAAGCAGAUUUCGAGCUCCACAAGUGUAGGCAUUCGAACAAACCCGCUCUAGAAUCUGAAGCAAGUAGAGAGCAAGAAGAUGUAGAGCAAAGUUAUGCAAAGGAAAAAAUUGGCGUGAAACCUGGUGAGACCAGGACGCUAGCGUACCUUGAAACAAACUCAAGAACAUGAUGACAAUAAGCUUCCCAGCAGCACCCCCUGAAGUAACAAAGUGAGAAACUUUUCCAUUCAUUGCAUCAUGAGGACGGUAUAGCUGGAUGUAUGUGACCAGCGCAUACAAUGGGACGUGCGAUUACCCAAGAAAUUAACAGAAGAAUAAACAAGUAUGGUACAAGUUUCAUGCAGCCUAGCCCUAUUUUGCAUUCCAAGACACCAGCGGUGCAGGGCCAGCUGCCACAGUGUAUUCAGUAGUUCAGCAACUCUUCGGGACAAAGCCUUGCAUGCAGUUAAGUCCCCUCUGGCAAGUAAGGGUUUAAGUAUACCAAGAUUAGAGCCAGUGUCACCCACAUGGCCUCAAAUCUCGCAGCAGAGGUCAAACAUGCUCUUCAAGGCCAUCCUAUAACAUCUGUAUUUGUGUGAUUGUAAAUCAAAGCACACAAUGACAUUGCUAUACAUUGUUGACCAGCAUUUGAACCAAAUUAUGCCACAUCACCCUGACUAUACGUGGAGCCUUAAUUAUUGUAUUAAUACAACAACAAUAUUUCACACCUCAUGAAAGUCCUGGAUAUUUUUGUCUCUACUGAGACAAACUUACAAUAAUUUGUUUCAUGAAUGAGACACUUAUUUAUCUUUUCGAUGUCUUACAUGAAUUAUUAGGAUGAGCACAAGAAUUUAGUGCCAUUCCAAUUUGUCAAGUGUAUAGGUCAAAAUAUUUGCCCUAUCACUUCCUUUGGCAAUAAAUUACCAACAGCCAACAUGAUUUCCACAGUCGGUAAAAGCAAGGGCCCAUAUAUAUUAGAGCCAUAAAGAAACUGAGAUUAUCUGAAAGCUCUAAUGAUGUUGAAGAUGAAGAUGAUAAGGACACAGAAGAACCUGAG